AAUAUUUUAACUAUUAUAUAGAUUUUUAAAGAUUAUGUAAGAAUGAGAGUUCUUUGGUUUAGCUUUGGAUAGAAGAAAUAUUUUUUUUUUCACGAAGUCUGAAGGCUGAAGGUAGUUAUGGGAGGGCAGUCAUAUGAGAGAUAUGUAAAGAAAGGAACACCAUGUUGGAAGGUUAUUGUGAACAUUCUCUUCUCCCACGUGGGUCUCGUACUCCUUGUUAUUGGCUACGCAGCCGGAGGAGCAAAGGUCUUCAUGUGGCUGGAACAGGAAAGGGAAGAAUUAGUGGAAUUAGUGAAAAGUUCCAAGACUAAGGAUGUGAAUGACGCUGUUGAUUACCUUAAACAACAGUUCUGGCAGUACGGUACAAAUGAAAUCAAAUACAACUACACACGGAAUGAGUUUAAGGAUGCGGUCUACCAAGAUUUGAAGGCUUUGGAACGCUUUGUACUUGAGGCUGCAAAUGAAUAUGGAUAUGAUGGAACUGAUGAAUUCAGUCGAGAUUUUAGUUUCGCAAGCUCCAUACUGUUCACCAUCACUAUUAUGACGACUGUAGGAUAUGGCCAUAUAGCUCCAAAAACUAUGGCAUCCAAAAUGUUUUGCAUUGCAUACGCUCUUGUAGGAAUCCCUCUGAUGUUGGUGUUCAUGGGGAAGAUCGGAGAUUGGCUAGCUGUUACAUUUCGUUGGUUGUACAGUAGGAUAUUCUGCAGAUGUUGUCGAGCUCGCAGGCGAGAUAGUGAGUUGCCUCCUGACGUGGAUAGGAAGGGGCACGGCAUCAACAACGACGAGGUGGGGAAGGAGAGGUAUAUGCCGACAGACCUGGUCAUGGUUCCAAUCAUGAUCAACCUCAUGGUCAUCUUCAUUUUCAUCUUCUUGGGGGCUCUCAUGUUCUCAUUUACGUCAGGUUGGUUCUUACUCUUCAAAAUCAAAGAAAAUCAUUUAAAUCGUGUUUUCAAUGGAACAAAAUAAUGAGAAUAAAAAAUA